CUAGAGGUCCCUCCAAUAAAAUGAAGGUGAUGAGUAGGUGGCUUUUCCUCUACGACAGUGCUGUUGGUAGAGCAGUAGAGAGAUUGUUUUUUUCAGUCACAGAACAUUCACAACAAGGUUGAAAUAUCAAACAAGGCAAUGCCUCUGUCGGAACAUCCAUGAAAAUACGCCUUUCUUUUGCAAAUUGGUUAACUUGCUAGUUAGCAGGUUACUGCGCUAGCACUUCGGAUUUUUGAAAAGUCUUCAAACGAUAGCUAGAUGAUGAAUCUUUUCUAUGCCUAAAAUCUCAGGGUUGGUUGUUGUUAGCUGGCUAUUUAGCUAGCUAACGUUAGCUAACUCUGUGGCUGGGUAUGUAUUUUUGAUACAGCUAGCUACUAGCUGGCUGGCUAGCUAGCUAGCUGUUUAUUUCACGUUUUUCAUGUAAAUGCCUCUUACCCUAACCGGCUAACUAAUCAGAAUUAACGCACCUGCCUUGCUGCGUUUAACUGCGGACUAAUAUUUCGCAAGUCCGUAACAAAACAAACAUUUGUAACUUACUAGCUAGCUAGCCAGCUAGCCUCGAUACACAGAAGAAUGAGCAGAAAACACCACCAUUUCAAAGGAGCCGAAGUAAGCUGCUGUGUGAAAUAUUUUUUAUUCGGAUUCAACAUUAUAUUUUGGUUACUUGGUGCUGCAUUCCUGGGCAUUGGACUUUGGGCAUGGGCUGAGAAGGGAGUGCUGUCCAACAUCUCGUCCAUCACGGACCUGGGCGGGUUCGACCCGGUCUGGCUCUUCAUCGUGGUGGGCGGGGUCAUGUUCAUCCUGGGCUUCGCCGGCUGCAUCGGAGCGCUGCGAGAGAACACCGUCCUGCUCAAAUUCUUCUCUGUGUUCCUGGGCCUCAUCUUCUUCCUGGAGCUGACCGCGGGGAUCCUGGCCUUUGUCUUUAAGGACUGGAUCAAAGAGCAGCUCAAUCAGUUCAUCAACAACAACGUCAAAGCCUACCGCGACGACAUCGACCUGCAAAACCUCAUCGAUUUCGCCCAGGAAUACUGGUCGUGCUGCGGUGCUCAUGGGCCCAAUGACUGGAACCAGAACAUCUACUUCAACUGCACGGACGCCAACCCCAGCCGCGAACGCUGCGGAGUGCCCUUCUCCUGCUGUGUCAAAGAUCCCGCCGAGGAUGUGCUCAAUACGCAGUGUGGCUACGACGUGCGGCUUCAGUUGGAGCUGGAGCAGCAGAAGUCCAUCUACACCAAAGGCUGCGUGGGCCAGUUUGAGAAGUGGCUUCAGGACAACCUCAUCGUAGUGGCUGGGAUCUUUGUCGGCAUUGCACUGCUACAGAUAUUCGGCAUGUGCCUGGCCCAGAACCUGGUGAGCGACAUCAAGGCGGUGAAGGCGAACUGGUGACAUGAGGCCAUGGAGGAGAGGUGAGCGGGGGGGCGGUGACAUCAACAGACUGGCAGAGGUGGAGGGGAGGAGAACAAGGAAGAAGAGAAUAGAGGAGAAGGGAGGAGAGGAGAGAUGGAGCUGUUGGAGGAUGUGUGUGGAGGUGAUUUGUGGAGGUUUGGUAGUAGGGCUCUAAAUAUUAAACACCAGCUAGCCAACCGGCCAAAUGCAGGUUAAAGUUCACUUUGUGCUGGUGGGAAAGACUAGCUUACUAGCCACUUUGACCCCAUUAGUAAGUGUGUGUUGUUUGGCUAGUGAGAAUUUGGCUGGUGUUAAUUUAGAGCACUGGUUUGUUGGGAGAGGGAGAGAAAGAUGUUCUCAUGCUUUCUCUCUUUCUUUUUGACAUGGUUUACACCACCACCACCACCACCACCAGAAACGUCAACCUGAGGGGUGGGGGGUGUAUUGUGGAGGGUGUAGGUAGAGGAGAUGUUAUCACUCUUCCUCUACAUAUGCACUGCACACCACCACCCCCUUCCUGCUCCUCCUCCUCCUCCUCCUCCUCCUCCUGCUCCUCUCCCUUCUCCUGGAGGGUGGGGGGUGCUUGGUGGAUGGUGGUAGUAGAGGCGGAAGAGAGAGAUUUUCACUCUUUGCUUCUUCCUCUUCAUCCGCUCUGUACCACUUUCCUCCUCCUCCUGCUUCUGGAGCUGGGGGUAUGUGGUGGAGAUUGAUGGUAGACACGGUUUACACCACCACCACCACAUCCUCCUCCUCCUCCUCCUCCUCAUCUUCCUCCCUCUCCUCCACUUCCUGCCGUCUGUUCACCGCCCUCUCUCUCUUUCCCUUCCUCUCCUCCAUCCUGUGGACAUCCCUACCAUCCCUCCUUCCCUGGACUCCAGAUCUCGGCCUAAAGACAAAGAAACUGCAGCCAUCCCCCCACCCCCGCCAAGUCCAAGCGGGGGGGACUCCCUAUAAGCGCACUGCGCACAUGGAUUUACACAUUGACUUUGUUUUUGUCAUAUUUUAGUUUUACUCUUUUUUUACAUUUCUGUCUCUCUUUGUUUCUGGCUAUUUCUGGGGAGGGGAAAGGAGAGGGGCGUGUGUGCGUGUGCGUGUGCGUAUGUGUGAGUGUGAGUUCAGAAUAUUGCGUGCUAGUGUGCGUGCGUGUGUGGAGGGAAAGAGCGACGCAACAGACAUAUAGAGCUAACGCAUACAGUAUAGAACACACACACACACACACACACACACACACACACACACACACACACACACACACACACACACACACAGAGCAAACAGGUUCAUUUUUAUUUCUCUCAUAUCGGAGGUGAUCAGUGCUCAGCGCUGCGCUCGGUGCUUCCCACUCGCUCGCCUCCUUGAAUGAUAACUUCUUAAAUGCCAUUACCGUCUUGUGCUGAACAGCGCAGGGCAAUUACCCUCUUCAAUUGGAGUGCUCUGGGUUUGAGUGUGUGUGUCUGUGUGUGUGGGACAUAGAUGAGUGGAUCUGGGUUUGUGCAUUCAGAGAGGGUCGGGACUGAGUGUGUGUGUGUGUGUGGUGGGGCGGUCUAUCUAAAGAAAAGGUGGGAAAAGACUGGGUUCUCUCUUACUCAAUAUUUCUUUUCUCACCUUCUCUCUCUCUUUUGUCUCUCUCUCAUGCUCUUUUAUUUUAUUUUAUUUUAUCAUUUAUUUUAUUUUCCCCUUCUCUGAGCCACCGCCAGCCUUAACUGAGCUGUGUGAUGAACAACCAACCAGUGACCCCUAUCAGUCUGUAGAGGUCACGGGAGAAGCCAUGAAUCUCACUCUUAUCCCUCCUCCUCCUCACACUCAUCUAUAUCCAGCUCUCCUUCUCCUCUUCUCCCUCUCCCUCUCUCUCUCUCUCUCUCUCUCUCUCUCGCUCUCUCCCUUUCUCUCUCUCUCUCCUUUGUGGAGGUCACCUUGAACUGGAACCAGUGGUCCCUUGACCUCUCCACUGAUGAACCUUGGCCCUUUGCGCUUAUGACGCACGUCACAUGGACCUCUCUGCAAAGGAGCCCCCUUUACUUGACGGUGACACGUGUCCAUCCCCCCCACCCCAUCUCCCCUUUCAAGACACAUCGUUUCCAAUGUCUACCACUAUUCUACUUUACCACUGCAAAGAUUUGAGCGACAAAGAAAUCGCAAGAUGUUAUGUCAAUAAUUGUCUGUGGUUAGCUGUGAUCUUUUUUAUUAUUUGUGUCUUUUUGAUUUCUUUUCCAUUUUUGUAAAAUUUAUUUUUGUAAUUUUUGGUCUUCUCCCCUUUGGGAUGUGUGAUGAAUCUCCAAAGGAGUAGCGUUCUCUCUUUAACAAUUGCUAUUUCUGUUUCGUUUUUUUUUUUUUCUUAACAUGUUUUUGAUGUUUUUUUGUUUUUGCUUUCUCAUCGCUUACCACAACAGAAUGGCAUUUAGUAUCAUAGAUAUAUUAACAGAAAAAUACGUCUUAUUAUAAUACAAAUGAAGCUGCUUUUGAGUCUUAUUUAGAAGUUUAUUAUUAGAUUAUUGCUCUACUAACACCCCCUCCCAUGCCGCAAAAAACAGUUCUCAUCGAAUGUGUUGCCAGCCGCCAGUGAUAUCAUGUUAUACUUAACCUUUCCGCACACAAACGCCAGUGUGUGCGAUAAGCACACACACAUCGAAGGAUAUGUGUGUAUCCUCUGUUCUGAGCCAAGGGUGUUCGUCCACCUUGACGUUCCCUAGCAGUAGGAGUGACAAGGUGGUGAUGUCACUUCCCCCAGCUGUAGUUCCUCUUCUACUG